AAUAAAAUCCCGAGUUGCAACGCCAUGGAAACAUGGAAAAUAGCCGAUUGUCGGGCGCCGGGUCUCCUUAAAUUAAAUUUGGAGGAUGAGAGUGAUUUGCUGACCAGCGGUAAAGAUCCCAGCGGCUUGGAGGAGGCCACUGACGUGGACGCCGCCUACGAUGAGCUGGAGGACCUGAAGCAACGUCUGAUCCAACUGCGAUCCCAGAUCUUGAACCUAAAACCAGAUAGCUGUGAGGAUCAGAAAGUCCCUGAGAACUUUUCCCCCCAGGGGCAGCAGCUUUUGGAGCUGCGUCGCCAGAAGUGCCAACUAAUUUGCAGACUAAAGGAUGUCAAAAAUCACCUGAAGGAUACGCACAAGGAGCUAGAGGAGCUCGAGGGCUGGCGCUGUCUGCUUCAAUCCCGCAUUAAGAAGAUGAAUUACCAACUUUCUCAGUUCGCGGAGUUUAGGCCACGUGUCAUUGGCCACUUUGGUCUGUGCAUCGAGCGUUGGGAGCACCAGAAGACUCACAAAAUGGACUGCGCCACCUUCCGGCGGGAAAUGGAGAGCCAUGUCAACCACGCGGACAACACGCGGAAGAGCUUGGUGUCCAUGAAGUGCCACCAACGGAACAGGAAGCAGAUCCGCGUGGAGCUGGCCAUGCUGCGCAUCCUACUCCACAAUCUCUUCGAGGCGAUGGUCAGUGAUUUUCAGUUCUUCUGUCGACAGCUGAGCAUCAACUUCACCCGUGAGCCCGUCGACAUUACCUCCCCCAAUGUUCCGCGAACUCCGACCAACUCGGUUUCUUCUUUCGAAGCGGAAACACGCGAAUAA